AUGGUGCAGUACUCCUCCUCUAACCUCGUCAAGGGUACGCAAGGCGCCGAUGCCUUUCUGCGCGUUCUCUACGAUCUGUCCCGAGUGCGCGAGAUCGUAAACAACGACGAGUGGGACGAGUCAGCGUAUGAUUCGACCGACACUAUCUGCAUCUUGGAACCCGCCCCCAUGCUUGAGACACUGCACCUAUUCAACAUCCAUAACGCGGAGACACUCCAAGCUGGUGUGUUCGAUCGAACGAUCUGCCCUGUUCUCACCGAACUCCGUAUGGAGUACUGCUUCUUGACCCGCGGAAACAUACCCCAAUUAGCGAUUACGAACACGAUUACGCGGCUCCUGCUAUCGAACUGCGAGAACAUAUUUCCCUUCCUGGCCGCGGUUGCGAGAUGCCUAGACAAUCUAUGCGUACUCCAAGUCACCGAUCAUUUCACCUCGACGCCCAUCGGGGAGAUCUCCCCCAUCGAGUUCUCGGAAAAGCUGGACAUUGUGUCAUUUUACGCCAAUAGCGUUACUCUUUCCACAUUCCUCCAGGUCGCUCGUAUUCCAUUGCACACAACAUUGCACACCACUGCUAUUGACCACGUCCAAAUGGCCGACAAUGACACCCGCAUCUGGAGUCGCGUGACCUAUCGGUCUAAUAUCGCAACCCUCGUGGACCUCGUAUUCGGCCGCCUUCCCAAAGCCACGAAGCACGGCUAUACAUACGCUUGCUUGGCCAUAGCGACGCCUUGA